AUGGCUUUACUGCGACAGUUAGAACAUGAAAUGCAACAAUUUCGAAGUAAUUACGUGUCGGGGACAUAUACAAUACAAAAUAGCUUCUCUCGAGGAGGAAUCACCACCGAUACCACCAACCUUAGAUCAUUAUUCAAACCCAAAUCAAAAGCUGAGACCAAACAACUUAAUGCCAAGAAACACAGCGAGGCAGAGAGAAGACGUAGGAAACGAAUCAAUGAUCAAUAUCGCACUCUUCGCAGUGUCCUCCCAAACUUGAUCAAAAUGGACAAGGCAACGGUGCUUGCCGAGACGGUCAGGCAGGUGAGGGAGCUGAGGAAGACAGUUUCGGAUUUGGAAGCAGUAUGUCAUGGUAGCAACAAGGAUUGCGUGUUUCCAAGUGGGGUUGACAAGCUGAGUUUAGAACGCUGCGAGGAUGACAAGGGGGUGGUAAAGGUCACGUUCAGCUGCGAGGAUAGGACGGGAUUAAUGUCAGCAGUGGCGAGGCAACUGAGGGCAGUGAAAGGGAGGUUGGUGAGGUCUAAGAUGGUGACAGUGGGAGGAAGGACCAAGGUUGUGCUGUGGUUGCAAGGGCUGGAAGGUGGAAAUGAAGGGAUGGUAAUGGUAAGGAGAGCUUUGAACGAGGUGAUAGACAAGCCAAUUUUGCCAGGGAUCAUGAAGAUGCGAUGGCGGACUCGACGAUGGUAAUAAAUUUGUGGUCUUUAUGAGACGGGAUAUCAUUGUAAUUAUGUUGAAUCUAUUGUACAAAUUAUAGAAUUGAGAAAAUAAUGAUGGUUAAGAAUAUAGGU